GGCGUCAUCAGAGCGCGCCGGGAACGCCCAGGAUGUAUGACUCUGGAUCUGUCGGCUGGGGAUAAAUGGCCCAGGCUGCUGCAGGGGCAAUGCUACGCUUUCCGGCCUUGAGAGAAGUCGGGCGCUUCGCGGCGAUUGGAGCUGCAGUUUCUACUGCGGUGUCACCGGGAUAACCACAAAGGGCACCGCUUGUCUGUCUCCGCCUCUGACUACCCGUGAGUGCCAGGUGAUACUUAAAUACAUCUGUGUUUUUGGACAGCAUUUAUAAUGGAGUUUCCUGACUUGGGGAAGCACUGUUCAGAACCAACUUGCAAACAGCUAGAUUUUCUGCCAAUAACAUGCGACGCCUGUAAACAAGAUUUCUGUAAAGACCAUUUUUCCUACGUGGGUCAUAAGUGUCCCUUUGCGUUCAAGAAGGAUGUGCAGGUGCCUGUGUGUCCUCUCUGCAAUGCCCCCAUCCCUGUGAAGAGAGGUGAGAUCCCAGAUGUGGUGGUCGGCGAGCACAUGGACAGAGAUUGCACCUUUCACCCUGGGAGGAACAGAAACAAGGUUUUCACACAUCGCUGCUCCAAAGAGGGAUGCAGGAAGAAGGAGAUGCUGCAGCUGGCGUGUGCUCAGUGCCAUGGCAACUUCUGCAUUCAGCACAGGCAUCCUCUGGACCACAAUUGCCAGGCUGGGAGCAGCUCAGCCAGCAGAGGGAGGACUUCUACAUCCAGAGCUGCUGAGCAGAAGCCAUCGGGAGUCAGUUGGCUGGCCCAGCGGCUCAGGCGCACAGUGAAGUGACAGCGAGUCUCCUGUGGGUGCCACACACCAGCUCCUUCCUGUUGGAUUUUGAUCUUGGGACGUGUCCUCCAACACUUUUCCUGCUUCUUCUGCAUCUGAGUCUUUAUAGAAGAGUCUCCCAUUGACUGUUCAAGUUACGGUGAAUUGAUGGCUCAGUGGGGAAAGCACUUGCCCCACAGGCAUGAGGACCUGAGUUCAUCCCCAGAACUGGAUGUGACUGGUGUACACUUGUCAUCUCAGCACUUGGGAGGUGGUGAGAGGAAAAUCUCCAGGGCUUUCUGACCAGCAGCCUAGCCAUAUUGGAAAGUUCCAGGCCAGAAAGACGCUGCCUCAAAAACCAAGGUGGACACUUUCUGUGGAGGGACAUCAGAAGUUCACCUCUGGCCUCACACCCACACCCACACACCCACUUGUGUAUACACACACACACACACACACACACACACACACACACACACACACACACACGAGGCUGUCCAGCAACUUCUUGGGGUGGGUUAGGUUACCAUAGCAAACAGCUGCAGGGUUCAAGGCCUGAGGACUUGCUUAACUCUCCUCAGUGGUGGCUUUGGCCUGUGCUAAACCUCUCCAGGACUUGGUAUUCCAGAAAAUUCUGUCCUGUGACAGAAAAGAACCACCGUCUGCUCUGUAUUCUCCCCUCCAUGGCUUUUGUAAUAAGGUGCCUUUGGGCACAGUCUACUCAUGGUCCCCAAGAACAAGAGUGGACGGGGUGCCCUUUCCUUACCUCUGGCUGGGGAUGCUAUGGAGGAAGGGUGUGCACUUGGCCUGCAGUGAUGUCUCCAAGGUUGACUUAAGCAACCAGCCUCACCAUGCCAGGACUCCGCAUGCCUGGCUUCAGGCUGUUUUGUGGUUUGAGGCAGUGUCUCACUGUGGAGCCCUGGCUGUCAUGGAACUCACCCUGUAGACCACACUGGCCUUGAACUCAGUGAUCCCCCUGACUCUGCCUCCCAAGCGUGGAUUCACUUUUAACUCCCAAGAAGAGCACCAAGAAAUGAGAGCCAUUUCAGAAAUGUCUGGUUUUGCCAUAGAAGCUUCUCCUCUUCGUGCCGAAUCCCCAUGGCAGCAGGCUGAGGGUGUCCUCAGCACUUUGUGGAGCAGAAACCCAGACAGAAGAAAAGCAGUGGUUCUGGGCCUUGGGGUGCAGCCACCAUCACUCCUGUGCCACCUGUGUGGCCUGAACCAUGUCUACCCCCAAAUGGCCAUGGCAGUGUAGGGGAAGAUGCUUGGGGUACUCUGGUGACCUGUAUAAGCGUUUACCCUCACUUUCCAGGAGCUUGGCUAUUAGAGAUGACAUGGGACCAACCACCCAGCGGGUUUUGACUUUCGCCCUUAGUUCUGACAGCCUUUGGGACAGUUAACUGCAUGAAUUCCAUACAUAGCAGCUUUGUGCAGGGUUCGUGGCCUCUAGCUGUCAUGGGAGGCAGGGGUGGGUUCUACUCACUCUGUUCUCUAAGCCAGUGCCUCUCGUCACAUCAGUCCAGCUCUAGACUCAUCGGUGCACUCAUCCUGGCCCCAGUGCCUGGUUAGAUCGGGGGGUGGGGGGCUGGGGGGGUAUUUGCUUUUAGAACAAGGUCUAGGCAGUGGUGCUAUGUGGGGACAUUGAGACAAACCAAUCUUUUGUACUUCCACUUCCCAGCACUCUUUCAUGGUGGUACACACUUGAGGUAUAGCUAGCAUAACAAAGCUUUUGAUUCAACUUAAGUUUUAAAACUACUGGGUUCAAUAAUUAGGCAGUGUUUAAAAGGGGAGUUGGAUAUAUACGUCUCCGUCCUAACCAUGGUAUGCAAUAGUGUUUCCACUGAGAUGACUCUAAGUUGGAAAUUAAAAGCACACUGGGCGGGCUGGGGAAUGGUCCAGUGAUUAGGAGCCUGAACCUCUCUGCAGAGGACCAGAGUUUGGUUCCCAGCACCACCCAUAUUAGAUGGCUCACAACUAUGUGUUAACCUCAGCUCCAGGGGCAAAUGAUGCCUCUGAGCUCUGGGCCUUGCACUCACAUGCCCAUGUUCUUAAACAUGAAUUCGGAAGUACAGUGGCAAAGGUUAGAGCCUAGCGUUGUGGGUUAACCCUUACCCAGAGCCCACCAGUGAGGAGCUGGGGCCACAAUUCAAUAGAAGAGCACUUGCCAAGAACCCCUCGGGCCUGGUUUAGUGGAGUACCUGCCUGUCAUGUCAUCAGGCCUCAGAUUCUCUCCCUACUGCAAGGAAGCAAAAUCACCAGGCUUUAGAGACAAUAUCAAAUGCAAGACAUUGUGUGUUGAAAUAUCUUAUGUAUAAUGGUUAAUAAAAAUUAUUUAUUUCACCCA